AUGGAAGCCCAUCUUCUGCAGCUCCCCCAAAGGCUGCUCCUGCUGGGGGCAGCUGCCCUGACUGUGUCUGCUCUGGAGACAGCUAGCCUGGUGGACCUCUGCGGGCGGAGGUGGCAGGGGGACGGGCUGCUGCUCAGCUCGCACUCCGCGUCGCGCAGGUUCUACUUCGUGGCCCAGGACACCGACUGCGGGCUUUGGCUGCGUGCCGCGGCCCGCGACAGGAUUCGCUUCCAGUUCCGCUUCUUCCUGGUCUGCAGCCUGACCUCGGCAUCCCGGGCAUCCCUGGAGCCCAACGCUUCCACCCCAGCAUCGUCAUUGGACACACGCGCCCCCCGGAGAACCCCCCUCUGCGGCCUGACCAUCCCUGGCCCGGUGAGGUCCACGGGGGUGUUCCUCGGCCUGCGCCUGGUCACCAGAGGUCGCCAGCCCCGCGUGGACUUCGUGGGAGAAGUCACCUCUUUCUGUUUGGGCUCCUGUGGUCCCUAUUUCCGCUGUGGGAAUGGCAGGUGCAUCCCCCUGAGUCUGGUGUGCGAUCUCUGGGGCAUGGACAACUGUGGCCACGGCAGUAACCAGGCUUCCUGGCCACCAGCCAACUGCAGAGGUCCCUCUCUGAUGCCCAGCCAGGAGGGGAGUACAGAGGCUGACACCUCCAGGCCCCCGACUGUCUCCCCAGCUCCCGGGUCAGCAGGCCCCCUCCAGAGUGCAGCUGGGAGCAGUCCCCCAGCAGGCAGCGGCCCUGCACAACAGGAUGCAGCUUCGGAAGGAAGAUGGUCUUGUUACCACCUGCCCCCACUCCUCCCACCAAGAUCACACUGGUCCCUCUCCAGGUGUUGGGAACCGGGGGAGCAGGCCGGGGCUGAGACCUGAGUGGACUCUCCCUUUCCUCCUGUAGGUCCCCGGCUACAGAAGGUGGCGCUGGCCUCCUCGCUGCUCCUGGCCUCUGCUGGCCUCCUCUGGUGCUGUUGCUCCUCCAGCCAGCUGGCCCAGAGGGCUGGUGCCCGUGGCCUCUGCUUUAGCUGCACCAUCUGUCACACAUGUCCUGGCCAGGUGGCCCCUGGUGGACUGCGGCCGAGUAGGACAGCCUUCCAGGGUCAGGGAGGCCAUGCAUAGAGAGGCUGCGGCUUCAGAGAAUGGACAGUGGGCUCUGGGGUCGGACAGACCCUGGGUCUGUCCCCACCCCGCUGAGGACUGUCUGACCUUGGGCAGGUCACGUAACCCUCUGAGACUCAGUCUGCUCCUCUGGAAAAUGGGACGAUCCCUGCCUCCCAGGGUUGUGGGGAAGGCCACAAGAGGUGACUGGCCCCAUAGCUCGUGCGGUGGCUGGCACUCUGCUGGAUCCGUGAAGGGCAGGACCUCUACGCCCAGGGCAGGGAGCAGGGGCCUCGCUCACCUGAAGCUUCCCUGACUCACCCCCAGGCCUCACCUACCCUGCUCUGGUGCACCCUCAAGUUCCACAAGUGAAGCCCUAGUCAAAGACACAGGGACCGCCCUGGCGGGGAUAGCACCGUUUAUUAAGAAAGAUCAAGACAAAGACCAUAAGGAGGUCCCUUCUGGACACAGAGGCCAGGCGUCCUGACCCAACGUCUGGGGAGCGACUGGUGGGGAGGGCGCUUGUCCCCAGUUGGGCCCUUAGGUUCCCACAGAUGGGGCAGGGGUGUCAUGGCCCCUUC